CCCCCUGUGCCUAAUGUACAUAGAGCCUGCGCCCCCUGUGCCUAAUGUACAUAGAGCCUGUGCCCACGCUAACCAGCUUGGCAUCUGUCUGCUUGAUACACAAUGGGCAUUUCCACCUAAUGUCAUUCUAAGAACUGUACAAUACAGAUACAUUAAACAUUCCUGGUUAUUUCUAAAUGUAAUUGCUCCAGAACAAAUUCUCUGCCUGUUUCUGUUCUCUGCACUGCUGGUUCUGACUUUAACUGAAGCCAGCUGACUAACAGACCUGCAGAAAAGCAGUUAUUGGGUGGAGAUCUCCUUUGGGUUUAUUUAUUGCUGAUCUCAUUCCCCUGCCUGGCAGUUUGUAUCAUUGAUCAGAAACCCGCACUUUGUGUCCCACUGUAGAACUGGCUGAAAAUGUGAAGGCAAAGCAGAUGUUCCUGGGCGAGAUGGGCAGCCUGGAAGCCAUCCUACAAACUGGCACAGUCAGAGCUCCCAAGCCUAUCAAAGUUAUUGACAAUCCAGCAGGGGGCGCCAUGUUGGUCAUGGACCAUCUGGACAUAAGAAGCCUUAACAGACAUUCUGCAAAACUGGGAGAGCAGUUGGCCGACCUCCACCUCCAUAACCGAAAGCUGAGGGACAAGCUAACCAAGGAAAGUGGUUUUGUAGGGAAAGGCCCCGGACAGUCGGAGAUCCAGUAUGUGGAUAAGUUUGGCUUCGAUACAGUGACCUGCUGUGGGUACAUCCCCCAGGUGAAUGACUGGCAUGAAGACUGGGUCACGUUCUUUGCCUGCCAGCGUAUCCAGUCCCAAAUGAACCUGGUGGAAAAGACGACCGGGGACAGAGAGGCCAGAGAUCUUUGGUCACAGAUACAGGUGAUGGUCCCAGACCUGUUUGUUGACAUGGAGGUUGUGCCCGCACUUCUUCAUGGAGACUUAUGGGGUGGAAAUGUGGGAGAGGUGGAAACGGGGCCCGUCCUUUUUGAUCCGGCCUCUUUCUAUGGCCACUCGGAGUUUGAAUUGGCCAUAGCUGGCAUGUUCGGGGGGUUCGGGAGUUCUUUUUACUCCGCCUAUCACGCAAAGAUCCCUAAAGCCCCCGGCUUUGCAAACCGCAUUAAAAUCUACCAGCUUUUCCAUUAUCUCAACCACUGGAAUCACUUUGGCAUCGGAUACAGAUCAUCCUCUUUGAGCACCAUGAGAAGUCUCCUUAAGCGUUAGUUCUGAUAGACUGCUCUUAUUGUAGGAAAAACACUUUUACUUCACCUUUAAAUUAACUUUUAGUAUGACAUAGAGAGUGCUAAUAUGAUGCCAUUUGCAAUUGGUCUUCAUUUUUUAUUAUUUGCGGUUUUUGAAUUAUUUGGCUUUUUGUUCAGCAGCUUUCCAGUUUGGAAUUAAAGCAGCUAUCUGAUUGCUAGGGUCCAAUUUAACCUAGCAACCAGAUUGGUUUGAAAGAGAUACAUGAAUAUAUAUUGAAACUGAAGCCUCACAGAGCAAUAGGUUUUGGCUAGCGGGGUCAGUGACCCCCAUUUGAAAGCUGCAAAGAGUCAGAAGAUGAAGGCAACUAAUUGAAAAAUUAUAAAUAAUGAAGACCAAUUGAAAGGUUUCUAAGAAUAGGCCAUUCUAUAACAUACUAAAUGUUAACCUGAAGGUGAACCUCCCCUUUAAAGGGGAAAUCUUCUCCAUCUAGUUGGUGUAUGUGGAGCAUGAGAACCAUCUGCAGCGAAUAAAGCUCUGUUUUCUGACACCGUCAUAACUCCACUCUCCUUGAAACACGCCGAGCCCUUCACCAUUACAUAAUGGACAUUUGUGUUAUUAGUAGUAAAUUAAACGACCAGCACAAGGUGGGGCCAAUGCAUUCCAUGUGACCAUCCAAUCAGAGGGAUUUGGGAGGGAGCAGUUGUCACGGGACCAUUACCACCGCUCAGAACGUGGCACCACAGCUUCCUAUGUGGCUUCGGUAAUUAUGGCAAAAACAAUGCAUCAUGGGUAAAUAAACAUGGCUGUCACAAGUUUAGCUUCUGCUACAACUGCCCCCAAGGGCAUCGACACUUUAACAUCUUUAUAUGUGAGUUGUGCCUCGGUGACUUACCUGUCCUGGAACCCUUGUACCAACCUGCCAUAACUGCCCCUAAUGUGCCGUUCCCAGUUACUCAGUGCCGUUACUGUGAGUGGGAUGUUUCCGUACUGUUGUAAAUAAGAGUAUAAUAAAUGUCCAGUGUUGCUGUCUGUCUAAA